AUGUCGUCCAUACAGAUUGAGACUGCGAGCUCGAACUUGGUCGCCUCUGUUCAGACUCGGGGUGACUGGCAGGAUGAGUUCCAGAAGUAUGGCUGUGUUGUGAUCAAGAACGUCAUCACCCCCGAGCGUGCCAGUUAUUAUCGCGACAAGCAAAUUCAGUGGUUGAAGAAAUUUGACCUUGGGUUUGACGAAAACGAUGAGUCCACCUGGACCGCAGACCACCUGCCUGUCAGCUUUAAAGGAGGAAUGUACUUUGCUUACGGAGCACCUCAUGAGAAGAUGGCCUGGGAAGCGCGCACUGAGCCUGCUGUCAUCGAUAUCUUCGAAAAGCUCUGGGGAACCAGUGAACUUAUCUGUUCAUUUGACGGGAUGAAUAUCUCACUCCCCAGACGGAAAGACCUUAACUGGAGUCCCUGGCCUCACUGCGACCAGAAUCCAGACCGCAAGGGAAUGCAAGCAGUACAGGGCCUGCUUAACUAUGCCCCCAAUGGUCCCAACGAUGGUGGCCUAAUGCUAAUGAAAGGCUCCGCAAAUCUAUUCGACGAGUUCUUCGCCCACAAACGCGAGUCCUAUGAUCACGAAGACGCUCCACCCCCAGAAGCCCAAUUCAUGGAUCUAUUCCUCUUCAACGAGAAGGAUGUGAAAUGGUUCGAGGACCGCGGCUGUGAGCUGAUCAAGGUUAAUAUGGAGCCUGGAGACUUUGUUCUCUGGGACUCGCGGACUAUGCACUACGCAUGUCUGCCGGAGGGAACUCAGAUUCGACAUGUGCAGUAUAUCUGCAUGACGCCGCGGAAAUUCGCUACCCCCGAGGCGUUGGAGUUGAAGAAGGAGUGUUUUGAGAAUUUUGUUGGAACGACGCAUUGGCCGCAUUGCAAUAUUCGUCCCACGAAGGAGAAGCCGAUGCGUGAUGGCGUGGUAUGUCCGAAGGAUCGAAGUGAACCGUUUGAGAAGCCUGAUGUGACCGAGACCGUUCUGAAAUUAGCCGGAGUAGAGGCCUAUUAA